AUGGCCUUGGCUGAUACCCCCACCAGGGGAUCCACUAACACUUCAGGCUUGGAGGCUACUGAAUCAACUGCAGCACCCAAGAAUGAAACCUUGCAAGCAUCUCCUGCAAAUGCAAUUAUUGAUGCAGCACCAACCAAAGAUACUCAAGCCUCAGGUAAACGGAAGAAAAUGCGCUUGGCGGUUGCUCAACAAGUGGCACUCCAGGAAGCCGUUGAAAACAAGAAGAAGUUAGCAAAAAAGAAGAAACAGGCCAAGAAGGCCGCAUCCACUGCACCUACUCCCCACGCCGUCUCAAAAAAAAUUCCAUCCACACGCUCUGGCGCCCCUCACCCCUACUCCCGCCCUCUCAGUCAAUCCAGUCAACAUUCCGUGGCAACCCGCUCCCAACCACCCUCUUGCGGCCCAUCACCCCCUCCGCAACACCUGCCUGGAAUGGAACCGGAGCCAACCCUUACCUCUCUCCUCGAGGCUAUCAACACCCUCACCAGCCAAGUUGGGUCCUUGCAGGCCCAAAUCCACUCUCAAGGCCAACAGCUCUCUGAGCUUAAAGCCAUAUGCAAGGAGACCAACAACCUUGUUGGCGACAAGGACCAGGGCGGAGCCCAAGCCAAGCCUGGCCCAUUGACUGGGCCUGUUACCCCUCCUACCCACUCAGGGGGGGAAGCACACACUCCAGGCACGGUUAGGCCUGGGCUCAAGGCCCCUUUCAGGCCAUCAAGAGGAACAGGGUUCGAUUCAGAGGAAGAAGAGGAGCCCAGACGCCCCAAAAAAGAACCUUGCAGCACGCCUAGGAGCCUCAGCUCCCUCACCCCCUUUGACACGGGGUCCAGCGUAAAGCGCCCCAAGAUGGACCUCCCAGAUCCUUACAAGGGAGAAGUCAGGGGCCAAAAAGCCACUCAAUGGCUGGAUAGGAUGAUGCUCUGGGUAGCCCUCCAUUGUGAUCAAUUUGACGAGGAGGAACAAAUGGUUGUGUGGAUCCUAUACCACAUGACUGACAAAGCUGCCGACUGGGCACUCCCCAUCAUUGGGACAAUCAUCAAGGGCAAGGGAAAUCCCCCUACCACCAUAACGGCCUUAACAGCCAAAUUUAAGGAAGCCUUUGCAGAUCCCAAUGCCAAGAGGGCAGCCGCCAGAAAGAUUGCCGCGCUAACUCAGACCACAACCACGGCUGAGUAUGUCACCAAGUUCCGCAAUCUCAUGGCGGAACUUGAUUGGAAUGAGGAGGCCUAUAUCGCCCAAUUCACGCGCGGCCUUCACUGGAAGGUCAAGGAACUGCUGUCUACCAAGGAUAGCAUCCCGGACGACCUCAAAGCCAUCUUUGCAGCGGCAAUCAAAAUUGACAAUAUCCGCCGCAAAAAUGAGGAGAAUCGCCCUAAAAAGGCACCAGCCAAGUCCCCGGCCACCGUGGCCACCUCCACUACCACCACCAGGGUCCGCCUAUCCAAGGACCCCAAUUACGUCACUCUGGAAGAACGGGAUUGUCGCCGCGCAUCAGGACUUUGCGUCAAGUGCGGUCAAAAGGGCCACGGGAUUAAACAGUGCCCCAACGGCUGGAAAGCCACAAUUAAGGAGGUUGCCAAGGUGGCAGAAGAAGAGGAUAGAAUCGAAUUUAACUUCCCGGCAGAACCUUUGAAAACACUAAUAGACUCAGGAGCCACAUCAAACUUCAUUUCCCCCUUGAUUGUGGAAAAAUACAAAAUCCCAAAAACCCAACUCGAAAAUCCACAAGUUGUGAGAAUGUUAGAUGGUACCAUUUCCCAGACUGGUUGCAUUUGGCACCAGGUCCACAUCACAGUUUCGGCCAAUGGCCACACCCAUUCCAUACCUUUUCUUGUUUGCCCCAUUGGCAACACCCCGGCAAUCCUUGGCAUGACUUGGUUAACGGCAGAAGCUCCCCUUAUUGACUGGCAGCAGGGACUAAUCACCUUCCCUGAACAAGCACAGAUUGCCUCCGAGGAAGAAGCGGACCCAGACCCCUUAGCAGACCUUCCCCCUCAGUACCAUGAGUUUGCUAAAGUAUUUGGCGAAGAAGAAUUUAAGGUCCUACCCCCUCACAGGGAAUACAAUAUUGCAAUAGACCUUGUUCCUGAUGCCAAACUUUCCCCAGGGCCAAUUUAUGGAAUGACUGACGCAGAAUCAAGAGCGCUGAAGCAGCACAUUGAUGAAGAACUGGCCACGGGCAAAAUCCAUCCUAGUACCUCCUCUGCUGGUGCUCCAGUAAUGUUUGUCAAAAAGGCCGACGGUUCCCUCAGGCUGGUUGUUGAUUACAGGAAGUUGAAUGACGUUACCCAUAAGAACGUAUAUCCCUUACCAAGGCAGGACAACCUCAUGGCUAAACUUAGGCAUGCCAAGGUCUUCACGAAAUUGGACUUACGCUGGGGAUAUAAUAACGUUUGGAUCAAGGAAGGUGACGAAUGGAAGACAGCUUUUAGGACUAAAUACGGCCUAUUUGAGUACCUAGUGAUGCCCUUUGGUCUUACCAAUGCCCCCGCAGCGUUCCAACACUUCAUGAACAAUCUGUUUAGGGACCUCAUCAACGUCACUGUGGUUAUCUACUUGGAUGACAUCCUGAUCUUCUUGGAAGACCCCAAGGACCACCCAACCCAUGUCAGGGAGGUCCUAUCACGGCUAUUAAGGAAUCAGCUGUUCUGUAAACUCUCUAAAUGCCACUUCCAUGUUACAACAGUAGAUUACCUUGGCAUUGUCAUUUCCCCAGCUGGGUUCUCAAUGGACCAAAAGAAGAUCAAGGCCGUCACUUCCUGGCCCACGCCCAAAACUGUUAAACAGGUCCAAGCCUUUCUAGGGUUUGUCAACUACCUUAGGCGCUUCAUUCCCAAUUUCAGCUUGGUUGCCCGUCCCCUCCACAACCUCACAAAAAAGGAAACCCCAUGGUCGUGGAAAAUCCAAGAAGAAGAAGCGUUUCAGGAGUUGAAAUCUCUGGUUACUAAGUCCCCGGUCCUUAUCCACUCCAAACCUGACCAACCGUAUUACCUGGAAACUGAUGCGUCAGGAGUAGCUAUGGGAGCCAUCCUAAGCCAACAAGGGGAGGAUAACCGCCUUCACCCAAUUGCUUACAUGUCCAAGUCCUUCUCCGGUGCAGAAGCUAAUUAUGAUACCCACGAUAAGGAGCUCCUGGCUAUUAUUAAGGCACUGGAGGAAUGGAGGAUAUUCCUGGAGGCAACAGAUAAACCAGUACAGGUGUUCACAGACCAUCGGAACUUAGAAUACUGGAUGCAGGCAAGGACAUUCAACCGGCGACACGCGAGAUGGCGCAUAUUCCUGAGCGACUUCAAUUUUGAAAUCCACUACCGACCAGGGAAACAGUUGGGAAAGCCAGACGCAUUGUCCAGACGAUCAGACUAUGUUGACAACCCCUUGGAACCAGAAGUCAUGCUUCCAGCAGAAGUCUUUGCAAACACAUCUCAGGAAGAACUGGAGAUUGUCACAGAAGUACGCUCCAAACUAAGGGAAGAUCCCUCCCUGGACCCCAUCAUCCAGUUCCUGACCGAGGAUGCCGACAAUGCUCCCCCAUCAAUAAGGAAGGCGUACAAAGAUUACGACUGGGAAGAGGACCUCCUCUGGUACCGGGGAAAAUUGGUAAUUCCAGACAAUGAACCCCUGAAGGACAGACUCCUCAGAGAAUUCCACGACUCCCCCCUAGCAGGACAUCCAGGUCAACAAAGAACCCUUGAACUCCUAAGUUGUAACUACUGGUGGCCUGGCAUGAAGUCUACCGCCAAGGAAUGGGUAGAAUGUUGUCCUAUCUGCCAAGCCAACCGACGCGCUCAUGUUCCUGUCAUCGCCCUUAAACCCCUAGAAGUCCCCCCUUAUCCGUUCCACACCAUCUCUUAUGACUUCAUUACAGGGUUUCCCAAGUCCCAAGGUCACAACGCUAUACUGGUGGUAAUAGACUCCUUUUCCAAAUUUGGCCAUUUCAUCCCCACUUCCAAAAAGGUCACAGCAAGGGGUCUGGCGGAUCUAUUCAUUACCCACGUCUGGAAACUCCAUGGACUACCUGUCAAAACAGUCUUGGAUAGAGGAACUACCUUCACGGGGAAAUUCCUAAGGGCACUUUACCAGCGACUAGGAGUGAAACCAGCAUUCUCUUUGGCUUAUCACCCAGAGUCAGAUGGGCAAACGGAAAGAGUCAACCAGUUCAUUGAAUUUUAUCUACGCUCCUACGUGGCAGCCAACCAUUCUGAUUGGGCAGCUUGGUUACCUUUGGCAGAAUAUGCGUACAAUAAUGCCAAACACGCAGCAACAGGAAAAACACCCUUUGAACUGAUCUACGGACAAAGCCCGGUGAUGAACCCUUCCAACGUCCCAGCCAACGUACCAGAGGCAGACAAUGUAGCAGACACACUAGCCCGGGAAUGGAAGGAAGCCAAGUCAGCCCUCAGAUUAAGCAAAGAACGGAUGACCAGGAACCAAGGAACAGUACCGGAGUACUCGAUAGGAGAGAAAGUCUGGCUGGAUGGAAAGAACGUAGAACUCAGGACCAAUUCAAACAAGUUGGACCCCAAACGUCUUGGUCCCUUCAAAAUCCUUGAGAAAAUCUCCAGCCACGCCUACCGCCUAGAACUCCCAGAAACUCUAAAAAUCCAUGAUGUCUUCUAUGUUGGGUUGCUAUCGAAAAGCCACGAGUCACCAAGUCAACCAUUUCCGGAACAACCUCCCCCUGAAACAAUAGAAGGAGAGGAGGAGUAUGAAGUUGAACAGAUCAUCGACUCAAAACGUCAACGGGGAAAGUGGUUCUACCUGAUAAAAUGGAAAGGUUACGGUGCAGAAGACAAUUCAUGGGAACCCAAGGAAGUCCUGGAGCAUAGUCAAGAGGAGAUCCAACGCUUCAACAAGUUGCGCCUGAAAAAGGCUUGUGACUCCGCCAAGAGCCUUUAA